AUAAAGGCAAUAAAAGGAAAGAAGUAAAAACGAAACUACAACAGCGCAAAGAUCGAUAGAAAGAAAUUUACCUUAAAUUGAUUUAUGCACUCCUCCUUCGAAGGCCCACUAUCCUCAUCUUCUGAAUCCGAAGAUGUAUCAGUGACAUUAGCAUCUUUCUGUUUAUCUUUACUAUUAUCAUUUUGCAUGCUCUUAGCUGUAGAGUCGGUUGCUUUUGAACCAUUUGAUUCAGAUCCUGGUUGUACGGAUGGUGUAGGAAUGGAAGAGGAUGUAACAGGUGCUCCUGAUUCCUGCAACUUCUUCUUGAUCAAAUCCAGUGCCGAUGGUGAGCUCUGUACACUAGAGGGUUUAGGAGCUGCAGCAUCACGACCACCAGUAGUAAUAGCGGGAGCAUUCAGAAGAUCAACAAUCUCCAACUCAUUCUGCAUAUCAACAAUUUCGGAGCUGUUGAGUAAACAGCACUUGUCAGAGCUCAAAUCUCAUCUAAGAGUAACCAAACCUGCAACAUUUCUAGAUCAAUUACUUAAUUCCGGUAUCGAUUCAGACCUUGUUUUUAGAUUCUUUAAUUGGUCUCAGAAAGAGUUCAGAUUUUCAUAUGAUCUUGAACCAACUGUCAAACUUUUACAUUCUCUAGCGAAUUCGAAAAGGUACUCUAAAGUUAGGUCUUUUAUGGAUAGCUUUGUUAAAAACAGGAAACAUACAGUUUCUUCUGUUUUUCACUCCCUUUUGUUAGGCGGAGGUCGAUCCAGUGCUACUGUUCUGAUAAUCGAUAUGUUGGUGUUAGCGUAUGUUAGAAAUUUAGAGAUGCAUUCUGCUUAUGAAGGGUUUAAGCGAGCUCAAGAUUAUGGAUUUAAAUUAUCGCUGACUUCGUGUAAUCCGUUGUUGAGUGCUUUGGUGAAGGAGAAUAGAAUUGGUGAUGUGGAGUAUGUGUAUAAGGAGAUGAUAAAGAGAAGAAUUCGACCAAACUUGAACACGUUUAAUGUUUUCGUUAAUGGUCUUUGUAGAGGUGGUAAGUUGAACAAGGCGGAGGAUGUUUUUGAAGAUAUGAAGGCGUGGGGAGUUUCGCCGAAUGUGGUUACUUAUAAUACUCUCGUUGAUGGUUAUUGCAAGAGGGGCGGUGCUGGAAAAAUGUACAAAGCUGAAGCUAUUAUGAAGGAAAUGGUUGCUGAGAAAAUUUGUCCGAAUGAAGUUACUUUUAAUACUCUUAUUGAUGGAUUUUGUAAGGAUGAGAAUGUAUUGGCUGCAGAGAAGGCUUUUGAAGAGAUGCAAAAGCAGGGAUUGAAACCUAAUACAGUUACUUAUAACUCGCUCAUAAACGGUUUAUGUAAUAACGGUAAGCUAGAAGAGGCGGUUGAUUUGUGGGAUAAGAUGGUUGGUUUGGGUUUGAAGCCAAAUAUUGUAACUUAUAAUGCUCUUAUAAAUGGGUUUUGUAAGAAGAAGAUGAUGAAGGAAGCAAAAAAGGUUUUUGAUGAUAUAACCGAGCAAGAGUUGGUUCCCAAUGCUAUAACAUUCAAUACUAUGAUUGAUGCAUACUGUAAGGAAGGGAUGAUGGAGGAAGGGUUUGCACUACGAAGUUCAAUGCUAGACGAAGAGAUUUUGCCGAAUGUUUCAACUUAUAACUGCUUAAUUGGAGGCCUGUGCAGAAAACGGGAUUUACGGACUGCAAAGGAGCUUCUAAUUGAAAUGGAGAACAAUGGUUUAAAAGGCGACGUUGUGACAUACAACAUCUUGAUAGAUGGAUCGUGCAAAAUCGGCAAACCAAGAAAUGCAGAAAAGUUACUUAAUGAAAUGUUCAACCUUGGUUUGAAACCUAAUCAUGUGACAUAUAAUACUUUGAUGGAUGGUUAUUGUAUGGAGGGGAAUCUUAAGGCAGCGUUGAACGUGAGGGCGCGUAUGGAGAAAGAACGAAAGCAGCCGAAUGUUGUUACUUAUAAUGUUUUGAUUAAAGGGUAUUGUAAAAUUGACAAACUAGAGGCAGCAAAUAAUCUUCUUAAUGAGAUGUUGGAAAAGGGUUUGAAUCCAAACCGUAAUACAUAUGAUAUAAUAAGAUUGGAAAUGUUGGAGAAAGGCUUUAUUCCUGAUAUAGAAGGACACUUGUAUAAUAUCUCUAGUAUGUCUUAGGAAGAACUUGAGAUGAAAGAUUAGAUUUUCGAUAUUAGUGUAUUAUUUAUCUACUGUUUAGAGUAGAGCUUCAGCAAAGAUUCAAAAUAUAAAUAUCAACUUGUAAAUAUCUUGUUUUUUUUGCCGAGAAAAGUAGGAAUAAUGCAUACACUCUAUCUUUA